UGCGCUCAGGAAGAGCCGCGAGGCCAAUAUGGCUUCCUGCACCUGGUGACGGUUGAAGAAACGGUGUUAGAUCUCAUGGAGAAGACUCGGGGCGUCGAGGAGACUCCAUCUUCAGAACCUAUGGAAGAGGAAGAGGAGGGGGAGGACGACUUGGAGCUCUUCGGUGGCUACGACAGUUUCCGGAGCUAUAACAGCAGUGCGGGCAGCGAGAGCAGCUCCUAUCUGGAGGAGUCAAGUGAAGCAGAAAAUGAAGAUCGGGAAGCAGGGGAGCUGCCCACCUCCCCCCUGCAUUUGCUCAGCCCUGGGACUCCCCGCUCCUUGGAUGGCAGUGGUUCUGAGCCAGCUGUCUGUGAGAUGUGUGGUAUCGUUGGUACAAGGGAAGCCUUCUUCUCCAAGACUAAGAGAUUCUGCAGCGUUUCCUGUUCCAGAAGCUACUCCUCCAACUCCAAGAAAGCCAGUAUCUUGGCCAGAUUACAGGGAAAGCCGCCGACCAAGAAAGCCAAAGUCCUCCACAAGGCAGCCUGGUCUGCCAAAAUCGGAGCCUUCCUCCACUCGCAAGGGACAGGACAGCUAGCAGAUGGGACACCAACAGGGCAAGACGCGCUGGUCCUGGGUUUCGACUGGGGGAAGUUCCUGAAGGAUCACAGUUACAAAGCUGCUCCCGUCAGCUGUUUUAAGCACGUCCCACUCUAUGACCAGUGGGAGGAUGUGAUGAAGGGGAUGAAGGUGGAGGUGCUCAACAGCGACGCCGUGCUCCCCAGCCGGGUGUACUGGAUCGCCUCUGUCAUCCAGGCCGCAGGGUACCGGGUGCUCCUUCGGUACGAAGGUUUUGAAAAUGACGCCAGCCACGACUUCUGGUGCAACCUGGGGACGGUGGACGUCCACCCCAUUGGCUGGUGCGCCGUCAACAGCAAGAUUCUGGUGCCCCCGCGGACCAUCCAUGCCAAGUUCACCGACUGGAAGGGGUACCUCAUGAAACGGUUGGUGGGCUCCAGGACACUUCCCGUGGAUUUCCAUAUCAAGAUGGUGGAGAGCAUGAAGUACCCCUUCCGACAAGGCAUGCGGCUGGAGGUGGUGGACAAGGCCCAGGUGUCCCGGACCCGCAUGGCCGUGGUGGACACGGUAAUCGGAGGUCGCCUUCGGCUUCUCUAUGAGGACGGCGACAGUGAUGACGACUUCUGGUGCCACAUGUGGAGCCCCCUGAUCCACCCAGUGGGCUGGUCACGGCGAGUCGGCCACGGCAUCAAGCUGUCAGAGAGGCGCAGUGACAUGGCCCACCAUCCGACCUUCCGGAAAAUCUACUGUGACGCUGUUCCUUACCUGUUCAAGAAGGUUCGAGCUGUCUACACGGAAGGUGGUUGGUUUGAGGAGGGGAUGAAACUGGAAGCCAUUGAUCCCCUGAAUCUGGGCAACAUCUGCGUGGCAACCAUCUGCAAGGUUCUCCUAGACGGCUACCUGAUGAUCUGUGUGGAUGGGGGGCCCUCCACAGACGGCUCAGACUGGUUCUGUUACCAUGCCUCCUCCCAUGCCAUCUUCCCAGCCACCUUCUGCCAAAAGAAUGACAUUGAGCUCACACCCCCAAAAGGCUACGAGGCACACACUUUCAGCUGGGACACCUACUUGGAGAAGACCAAGUCAAAAGUAGCUCCGUCGAGACUCUUUAACAUGGACUGCCCCAACCACGGCUUCAAGGUGGGCAUGAAGCUGGAGGCCGUGGACCUGAUGGAACCCCGGCUCAUCUGUGUGGCCACGGUGAAGCGGGUGGUGCACAGGCUCCUCAGUAUCCACUUCGAUGGCUGGGACAGCGAGUAUGACCAGUGGGUGGACUGUGAGUCCCCGGACAUCUACCCCGUCGGCUGGUGCGAGCUCACCGGCUACCAGCUCCAGCCACCGGUGGCCGCAGAGCCGACCACACCUCUGAAGGCCAAAGAGGCCACAAAGAAGAAAAAGAAACAGUUUGGGAAGAAAAGGAAAAGAAUACCACCGACCAAGACCCGGCCCCUCAGACAGGGGUCCAAGAAGCCCCUGCUGGAGGAUGAGCUGCAGGCCGCAGAGAAGAUCUCACCGGAUCCUGUUCCUGAAGAGAUCAUUGCCGUGCGCGUGAAGGAAGAACAUCUAGACAUGGCCACGCCGGACAAAGCCCCGAGUCCAGAGCUGCCUGUUCCCCUCGAGAACAUCAAACAGGAGACAGACGACUGAGCCUUCCCCACUGCCAGCCCGGGGCUCCUCUGUUGCUACCACCCUUACCCCUGCUUUAGUUUGGAGACUGA